AUGUCUCCAAGGGCUAAGUUCUUGGUUGGCCAAGGAGCUACUGCAGUUAUUAUGACUCGGUUAAGUACCAGAGACAAGUACAUUCAAAUGUUAGCUUGUAGUGACACUAUAGAAAGCAGUUUGCACAGACAUCUUAUUGAACAUUUAAACGCAGAGAUAGUAUUACAUACUAUCACCGAUGUGAAUAUUGCGUUGGAAUGGAUACGAUCAACCUUGCUUUAUAUCAGAGCCUUGAAAAACCCAUCUCAUUAUGGUUUUAAAUCUGGAUUGAACAAAGAAGGAAUUGAAGCAAAAUUACAAGAAUUAUGUUUGAAAAAUCUUAAUGACUUGUCAUCCCUGGACUUGAUAAAGAUGGAUGGUGAUGUUAAUUUCAAACCAACAGAGUCAGGAAGAUUGAUGGCUUGGUAUUAUAUUACAUUUGAGACAGUGAAGAAAUUUUGUACAAUCAGUGGAAAAGAAACUUUAUCAGAUCUGGUCUCAAUGAUCGCCAGCUGUAAUGAAUUUCUAGAUGUACAGUUAAGGAUAAAUGAAAAGAAAACACUGAAUACUUUGAACAAAAGUCCAAAUCGGAUAACUAUCAGAUUUCCAAUGGACGGAAGAAUUAAAACAACAGAAAUGAAAGUAAAUUGUCUUAUCCAGGCCCAGCUAGGAUGCAUUCCUAUACAAGAUUUUGCUUUGACACAAGAUACCUCGAAGAUUUUCAGAAAUGGUUCACGAAUUGCAAGAUGGCUGUCAGAUUUUGUAGCUGCUCAAGAAAAGAAGUUUGCUGUGCUAUUGAACAGUCUGAUUUUAGCUAAAUGUUUUAGGUGUAAACUUUGGGAGAACUCUCUGUAUGUAUCCAAACAACUGGAAAAAAUUGGUAUUACAUUGUCAAAUGCCAUGGUAAAUGCAGGUUUGACUUCCUUUAAAAAAAUUGAAUCAACAGAUGCAAGAGAACUUGAGCUGAUUUUAAGUAGACACCCUCCUUUUGGAACUCAAAUAAAAGAAGCUGUGAUGUAUCUUCCAAAGUAUGAACUUGAAGUAGAACAGAUUGCAAGAUACAGUAAUACCAUGGCGGAAAUAUUAGUGACACUUACGUUAAGAAACUUUGAACAACUACAAACUAAACGAACAGCACCAGAUUCUCACUAUACCACCUUAAUCAUAGGUGAUUCAGACAAUCAGGUUGUUUUUAAACACAAAAUUAUGGAUUCUGUUUUGCUAAAAGCUGGAAACUGGGUUAAAAAAAUUGAUGUGAAGAGAGCUCUUAUAUCUGAAGAUCUUAGCAUAAAUCUAAUUAGCUCUGAUUUUGUUGGACUUGAUAUUCAGCAAAAGUUUACAGUCUUUUAUUUAGGACCCAAGAGCUUUGGAAGUCAAGUAAUUAAGCAGAAAAAAUCAGAAGCAGAUAUUUCCCAUUUUGAACAUCCAGAUAGGUCUGCUGUAACAGGAGCUUGUAAAGGAACAACUCCUUGCAAAAAACCUGGGAACCGAGAAUGCAAUCAUCACUGCAAAAAUAAACAUACAUGUGGACAUGACUGCUGUAAAAUUGGGGUUGCACAGAAGUUAGAAGUUAAAGAGUCAGCAAUUUCUUCAUAUUUAUCUGACUUAAGGAACAGGAAUGCUGUUUCAUCUCUUCCUCCAUUUAAAUGUCUCAAGCUACAGAUGAAUAAAUCUCAAAAUGUGGAUCUCAAAGAGUUUGGUUUUACUCCAAAACCUUCUAUAUCCAAUAGAUCAAGAUCUGAAAAUUUAAGCUUACCUGAAUGGCAUGUAGUUGAGCAGAAGGAUCAGAAUGAAAUCUGUGGAAAAGUUCAACAGGGACCAUUUGAAUAUCAGGGCAAAGAAGUUUUGAAUGUGAACUUUGAAUUGGGAAGUGAAGUUUGGGAAGAUUUUGAUGAUGAAAACUUAAUCGAAAUUAGUAGUUUUUUAACUGAUACUAAGAGGACAACAACAUCAGGCUUUGGAGACACCCCGAGUUCAAGUGCCAGGGGAAGUAAGCUACCCCUCCAAAAGUCAAAGAGAAAAUUACAAAACACAGUGUCCAACAGUUUUGUUUCAUCAUAUGAGAAGCCAUAUACUUGUUUAUCAAACCAUGCUAUGUCUGACUUGGGUCCAUCCUCCAUGAUGCAAUUGCCAGAACAGGCCGGAAAUACAAAUACUGUUUCCCCUCAUGACAGAAAACAAGGCCUGUCACCGGUGUUCGAGAGGCUGUGCUUUACUCAGUCCAAAGAAAUACCAAAUUCUACUAAUGUUAAGAAAGUCGACUUCUUGAUACAAAAUAGUGAAUCUAAAAAGGGAACGGAUUUCAGUUAUUAUCAUCCUGUCGAAGCAGCUGGAGAAAUGAAGAGUUUUCUGGGAAUAUUUGAUGGCAUUUUGUAACAACAACAAAAUCUUAUUAAAAGAAAAUAUGGAGACCCCUAACCUCAAACUAUGCUUUUCAUUUUAAAAAAUCA